AUGACCGAAGUCGACGAAAUACUUAACGCAAGCGGUUUUAAGAUCAAGGAGUGGCAUUGCUCAUGCCAACAGCUACAACAAGACAAGAAUGAAACGCACAAUGAUACGAGCUCCAGUCUGAGUAAUCAAGCACCUGAAAGACAGAAGAAGCAAAAAGAAAACGAAGUUAGUCUAGACAAAGAAAAGGGCAUCAAAACCCUCAGCGUUUCCUGGAAUCCACAGGCAGACACCAUCUACUUCCAAAUCAAAUUCAAACGGACGGGCCUUUACACGAAACGGACAAUCCUUUCAAACAUCUCGAGAUUGUUUGACCCUCUAGGUUUGGCCACUGCUAUCACAAUAAAGGCAAGGAUGGCACUCCAAGAAAUUUGGAAAAUAAAAAAUAUUGGAUGGGACGACCCGUUACCUUCUAAAUUGCAACUGACAUGGGAGAAGCUGUUCGAUGUGGUAAAAUAUCUAAAGAAUGUCCAGUUUCCAAGGUGCCUUCAACCAAGGGGCUCAUUAGGCCUACCAGAGCUACACGUGUUUGCCGAUGCAAGCAACCUCGCCUAUGGAGCAGCUGCUUACCUGGUUUGGACCCAGGCAAAUGGUCUAGAAGUACGCCUCAUAUCAGCAAAAGCAAGAGUUGCACCCCUCCGCCAGACCACCAUACCCAGAUUGGAACUCAUGGCGGCUCUGCUGGCGUCACGACUAGCAAAAAUGGUGCACGACGAGUUCAAAAUCAAGCCCAGCAACGUAAUAUUGUGGUCAGACUCGAUGAUUGUUCUAGCUUGGCUCCGAUCGGAAUCGACUUCCCUUCAACCAUUCGUUGGGGUGAGAGUAGCAGAAAUACAAGCAACGUGGGAGUCUGCCACUUGGAGACAUGUCCCAACCGAUCUAAACCCAACGGACGAUCUUAGCAGAGGUAUCCUUUUCGCGAAGAUCAACGAGCGUUGGAUGAACGGUCCUUCGUUCCUCAAAGGUGGUCGCAAAGCGUGGCCCCCCGAACAUAAGGAUAUGCCAACCGAUUUACCCAAUAUCAAAGUUGCGAAGCCGAUAUUCACGUCACAGCGGCCUUCAACGAAUGCUCUCGUCGAUCCCUACCGUUUUUCAAACUGGAAAAAAUUGUGCAGAGUCACUGCAUACUGCCUUAGGUUCAUAAAAAACCUGAAGGCAUCGAAAUGA